GCAAGUUCAAGGCUCACAAAAGAUGUGCCGUUCGGGCAAUAAAUAAUUGCAAAUGGACAACGUUGACCUCAAUUGGAAGAGAUAUCAUUGAGGAUGAAGAUGGUCCAUGCCUCAUCAGUGGUUAGAAGGCAAUCUUUCGGUCAGUGCCAAAUGUGCAGUGUGUGACAAAACGUGUGGCAGUGUUCUCCGCCUGCAAGAUUGGAAGUGCCUGUGGUGUAAGACCAUGGUACAUACGGCGUGCCGAGACUCGUAUCCGCGAAAGUGUCCCCUUGGCCAGUGCAAAGUCUCAAUUAUUCCGCCCACAGCGCUGAACAGCAUAGAUUCGGACGGUUUCUGGAAAGCCACCUGUCCGCCCACCUGCGCCAGCCCUCUCUUGGUUUUUGUGAAUUCGAAGAGUGGAGACAAUCAGGGUGUGAAAUUUCUUCGGCGCUUCAAACAGUCGCUCAACCCAGCUCAGGUUUUCGAUUUAAUGAACGGGGGACCCCACUUAGGUUUACGGUUAUUUCAGAAGUUUGACAAUUUUCGAAUCCUGGUGUGCGGGGGAGAUGGGAGUGUCGGCUGGGUGUUGUCUGAAAUUGAUAAACUCAACCUACACAAACAGUGUCAUUUGGGAGUGUUACCGCUUGGGACGGGAAAUGACCUCGCCCGAGUCCUCGGUUGGGGAGGGUCCUGUGACGAUGACACACAACUGCCUCAAAUUUUAGAAAAAUUAGAACGAGCUAGCACCAAAAUGCUAGACAGAUGGAGCAUCAUGUCAUAUGAAUUGAGAUUGCCAUCCAAGCAAUGCAUCCUUCCAGUUACUCCUGAAGAAGACGCUGAAGAUUGUCAGAUGUCUGCCUAUGAGGAUUCAGUUGCCACACAUCUGACAAAGAUCCUUGAUUCGGAUCAACACUCCGUUGUUAUAUCGUCUGCCAAGAUCUUGUGUGAAACCGUGAAAGGAUUUGUGGCCAAAAUGGGGAAGACUUGUGAAAGACCAGAGGAAAAUGCAGAAACGGACGCCAUGGCUAUUAAAUGCUCGGAACUGAACGAGAAGUUGAGUCUUCUGCUCCAGGCUCUCCAUGCGGAAACCCAGGUUAGUUCAAGCCGUCCCCACAUGGCUACGACCCCCAUCGCUGAGGAAGAACCGGACGAGUCAUCGAGUGAGGAGUCUUUGUCGGACGCCAAAGAACCAUUGACCGAGAACAACACAGCUGCUCCGACCCAACAGAUGUUCAAAUCCCGAGAGCAGCUGAUGCUACGGGCCAACAGUUUGAAGAAAGCUCUGAGACAGAUCAUUGAGCAAGCAGAGAAAGUGGUGGAUGAACAGAACGCACAUAGUGAAGAUCAAAUAAACCAGGCUGCGAUGGAGUAUAAUAAGGAAUUAGAUGAGUCCAAGGAAGAAAAAGACGAAGACACAAAAGAAUAUGAAUCUCAUCCGAUCCUGGUUGGUGUCGCCACCAAGGAGAAUCUUCCAGUCCUGAACACAAGAAUAAUUUGUCCAGGUCUGAGAGCGGGCCUCGCUGCCUCCAUUGCGGGAAGCUCCAUUAUUAGCAAAAUGUUAUUGGCAAAUAUUGAUCCGUUCGGCGCCACCCCUUUUAUUGAUCCCGACCCAGAAUCGCUGGAAGGCUAUUCAGAGAAGUGCGUCAUGAACAAUUAUUUCGGUAUCGGAUUAGAUGCGAAGAUUUCACUAGAGUUUAACAACAAGCGGGAGGAACAUCCUGAAAAAUGCAGAAGCAGGACCAAGAACAUGAUGUGGUACGGAGUCCUUGGUACUAAAGAAUUGUUACAACGGACUUACAAAAACUUAGAGCAGAAAGUUCAACUCGAGUGCGACGGACAAUAUAUCCCUCUUCCUAGCCUUCAAGGCAUAGCUGUUUUGAACAUCCCAAGCUACGCCGGUGGGACAAAUUUCUGGGGUGGAACCAAGGAAGAUGAUAUCUUCGGGGCGCCAUCGUUCGAUGAUAAAAUCUUAGAGGUCGUGGCAGUUUUUGGCAGCAUGCAGAUGGCCGUUUCCCGCGUGAUCAAGCUCCAGCAUCAUAGAAUAGCCCAGUGCCGGGCUGUGAAGAUCACCAUACUUGGGGAUGAAGGAGUUCCCGUUCAGGUCGAUGGGGAAGCUUGGAUUCAGCCCCCGGGGAUCAUUAAAAUCGUGCACAAGAACCGAGCGCAGAUGCUGACGCGAGACAGAGCCUUUGAAAGUACAUUAAAAUCCUGGGAAGAUAAACAGAAGUGUGAUUCUUGCAAACCAGGGUUACGGUCCCCAUUGUACCCGCACCAGACGGUAGAACUGGCUUCGGAGGAAGAGACGGCGCAGAUCCAGGCUUGUUCUCAGGUGGCGGAAGAGCUGAUCACCAGAAUCUGUGAAGCUGCCAAAACUCACAGCCUCUUGGAGCAAGAGCUGGCUCAUGCGGUGAAUGCUUGUUCCCAUGCUUUAACCAAAGGCGGCCCGAAAUUCCCUGAGAGCCUUACCAGGAAUACUGCGCUGGAAAUCGCUGCCACCGUGAAGGCAUUGCAUGAUGAAACAGAAUCCUUGUUAGUUGGGAAAGUCUCGUUGCAACUGGAAUCUCCCUGCGAGGAGUUGCUGGUGUCGGCGGUGCACAAUUUGGAGACUGAACUGAGAAAAAUGGCCGAAAUCCCUUGGCUCUGCUAUAUAUUGCAGAUGAAUGAUGAUGAGGAUCCUCCUUUGGAAUACUGUAAACGAAACAACCGAAGUACCAUGUUUCGUAUAGUGCCAAAAUUUAAAAAGGAAAAGGUUCAAAAACAGAAGACCAGUGCCCAGCCUGUUCAGAAAUGGGGCACGGAUGAAGUUGCUGCUUGGUUGGAGCUGCUGAGUUUGGGAGAAUACAAAGAAAACUUCAUCAGCCACGACAUCCGAGGGGCCGAACUUUUGCACCUGGAGAGGCGAGACCUGAAGGAUUUGGGGAUAACGAAAGUGGGUCAUAUGAAGCGAAUUCUUCAGGGAAUUAAAGAAUUUGGCAGGAGCCCACCGUUGCCGGAAGUGUAGCUGUGCCGGCUGCUCCGCUGAGGAAGUGCUACUUACACAAAGGUGUAGAAGGAUGCGGGUUCCUCCCGGGCGAGUAAACGCCAGGUUGUGAGAAGAGCGUUAACUCUGAUCGGGGCGAGGUUUGACGAACAAGCCGGAUGCGAGUAUCCAAAAGGUUUUGUGGGUCUAAGUCAUCCUCUUUUCAUGACCCCCAUAAUCCCUUGCAGGGUGGAGUCUAGGCAGCUGAAUGGAGCUGAGUGUUUACUGGCUGGAUGCCUUU